UAACACUUUAUACACGUAUUCGGAGAGAUGGGCCUUACUGAACUUUCAUUUCCUGCUUAUAUAUAUCGCUUUUUCAAGUGAAACUUCAUUCAACACGUGCACAUACUUUGGUGAAUUGUUUCUGCACCAAAAAAGUGAGCGCACGCAGAAGAGAGAGAGAAAGAGAGGAGACAAUGAAGGGAGCAAUAGGAGUGAGGAAAGGUGCAUGGACUGAGGAAGAGGACGUGUUGCUGAAGAAGUGCGUGGAAAAAUAUGGUGAAGGAAAUUGGCACCAAGUCCCUUGCAGAGCAGGGUUGAACAGGUGCAGGAAAAGUUGCAGGCUGAGGUGGUUGAACUAUCUGAAGCCCAACAUCAAGAGAGGGGCAUUCCAAGAGGACGAGGUUGACAUGAUCAUCAGGCUUCAUAAGCUUCUUGGUAAUCGAUGGUCACUGAUUGCGGGGAGACUUCCGGGAAGAACCGCGAACGACGUGAAAAACUAUUGGAACACCCAUGUGGCUAAAAAGGUUGAUCAUCACAAGUCGAAGGAAGACAACCACCCCGGCAAAUGCGCCACCAAAGUGAGCGUCAUCAGGCCUCGUCCUUGGACCUUCACGAAGAGCUCGGCAUGGCUCAAGGGAAAAGCCACUCUGGUGGCUUCAAGGGCUCCACCUGGUGACAACCCGGGACAAUCAUCUCCAAUACCAUCUCCAACGUUGUUGUCUCGUCAGGACAAGGAUAGCGCAUGGUGGGAAACUCUGUUCACCGACAGUGGCGCCGACGAAGAACUCCUCACCUCAGGAAGUGGCUCAGAAGAAUGGCCGGACGCGAAUUCUUGGCCUUGGGAAUCUGCCAUGGAAGAGAGACAAAAAGGUUGGAACGAGCUCUCUUUCGAUGCCAACAUUUGGGAACUUCUUGGCGUGAGUCCUCCAGCCAUUACCUAGCUAUGGCUUUGCUCAAUCUUUAUCUAGCUAUUCUACACUGCCAAAGUUGAGUUGUUUAUGUGCUAUGUAAUUCUCCAAAAUUGUGCUAUAAUUAAGCCAUUUAUUAAACUUGCAAUUGAUGCAUCUGAUUAUAGUGAGAAGCUUGUUAUAUAAGUG